AUGAAUGACAAGUACACGAGAAACGCUGAGUCUGACUCGGGAUCAGAUGGCCACGGCCGUCCAGCUUAUUUGAUAAAUGGCGAUACUCCCGGGCCUGUCCUCACCGUCAACGAGGGCGAGACCCUGGAAGCGUUUGUGGACAACCAACUCGCGAUUGAGACUACGAUUCACUGGCAUGGAAUCUACCAAAUCAAUGAGCCCUGGAAUGACGGCGUGCCCGGUGUGACCCAGUGGGCUACUGAGCCCAGAGACAACUACACAUAUCGAUUCACUCCUCAGGGCCAGUAUGGAAGCUACUUCUACCACGGGCACUUUGGACCAGCCUUCUCAGAUGGCCAACGUGGUCCGCUAUGGAUCAUUCCAGCCGAAUGGCGUCCGAGGCCGUACGAGUUGAUAUCCAAAAAGGAGCAUGACAUCCGCGCCAUGCGGUCGGCGGAGAAGUCGCCCCGUCACAUCAUCGUCGCCGACUGGAAUGACCAGCCGAUGGAUAUGUACCUGAUCCGCUUCCGCGACACCGGCUACAUCCCGACAUGUGCCAACAGCCUUACGCUCAACGGGCGGGGCGGCACCCGGUGCGAGUCCGCCCGGGACAUCGAAGAUGCCGGGGGCCCCGGGCGCAACGAGCGGGGCUGCCUCUGGCGGAUCCCAGGACAUGAGUACACCAACGUGGAAUACUGCACCGAGACGCGUCCAGAGCUUGAGAUCGUGCAGGCCGAGCCGGGCGAGGAGUGGGUGUGGAUUAACUUCAUUCACUCCGGGGCCCACCACUCUUUGGCCAUCAGCAUCGACGAGCACGAGUUUUGGGUCGUUGCUGCCGAUGGCGAGUUCGUCCAUCCGCAAAAGGUAGUGCGAACUCACAUUAAUUUGGGCGAGAGGACGAGUAUUCUUGUCAAACUGGACAAACCGCCUGGUGAUUAUGCCAUCAGGUUGCAUUCUCUCCGGUUCGAACAGAUGAUCCAGGGUGCCGGUAUUCUCCGGUAUGCUACAAACAAGGCCCUGACCGAGCACUCCAACCGAAUUGUCCCUAAUACGAAACCAUGGCUGCAUCUCAAUGGCAGUGUCAUCAACGCCGCCGACAAGGCGAUGGACGAGACCAAGCUGGCCCCGUAUCCGCAUCGUCCGCCACCUGACAAGGCCGACUUCACGCUUAGAUUCAUGGUCAACAAGACGGGCCCGUCGACGUGGGUGCUGAACUCCGCCCCGCACGAGUUCUUCCGGCAGAACGUCCCCCCCAUCAUGUGGAACGAGAAGUCCCGCGGCAGAACGUCGUGGGGGGACUCAAACGGAUUCCUCAGGAACGGUUCCGUCGUCGAUCUGAUCAUCGAGAACGGCGCCCAGGUCGACUCCAGCCACCCCUUCCACAAACACAACCACAAGGUGUGGAUCAUUGCCCAGGGCGACGGUGGGUUCCCCUGGAGGGACGUCAACGACGCCGUGAGGAACGGGGGGGCUAAACACUUCAACCUGGUUGACCCGCCCUUCCGCGACGGGUUCACUCUCGAGGCAGGAGAAGGCAAGUUUGUCGUGGUUCGGUACAAAAUCUAUUUCCCCGCUGUCAGCAUGCUGCAUUGUCACAUGAUCCACCAUUUCGCGAGUGGGCAACAGGUCAUUCUGCUGGAGGGGAUGGAGGUAAUGCCUCCAGUGCCGCAGGACUUGAAGGACAAGCCCCAUGUUGAAUUUGACUUUCCUCCGCGGUAUGGGCCAUUGGACUGA